GGACUGUAGAAUUUUAUUAGAUGAAAAAUGGUGGGCGUAGAGCGUUGACGUCGCCGACGGCUGAGUGGCCACAACAGAACCUACAUAAUCCAAUACACGAUUCAAAAUACAGAUAGCAGAGUGAGUGAGAGAUGAGACGACAGGUUUAAUCCAAAUUCGAAAGGGAAAUUGAAGCAGUAAGGAACAACAAAUACAACAACAACAAAAGUAGAGCAAGACUAAGAUCGAGUUGAUGAAUUGUGCAAACAAAUUAGAAUAGGAGUUAGGAAAAAAGAAAUGGCUUACAGGAGGAGGCAACAGCAGCAACAGCAGGGAAUAUUAACAUCAUCUUCCUCAUCAUCAGCUGAUGUAGAUGCAGAUGAUUUGGUGGAUGUAGAAGUAGAUGCAGCCAAAGCCAUAAGGGCAUCGUCCGCCCACAAAGAUUCGUCUUUCUCCUCCGCUUAUGGCUAUGGUCCCCUUCAUUCUUCUUCUGCUUCUCCUCUCUCCGCCCCCAAGGAUUCCGGCUCCCAUCAAUACGAAUCUAUGAAAUCUCUAAAUGAAUCCAAGCAAGGAUUUUGGGGUUCUCUCGCUAGGAAAGCUAAAUCCUUUUUGGAUGAUGAUAAUAAUAAUAGUAAUAGUAAUAAUAAUAAUAGUGUGCAGUACCAGUUUGAGUCUGAUGGACCACCAAAAUCAAAGCUGCCUCAGAGUCAGAGGCCAACACCAGAAAUGUACCAUAAUACGUACCAGUCAGAUGAUAGGCAUCACAAAACAAGCAAUCCCACAUUGCAGAAGGGCAUAGGUGCAAUUACAUCAUCCCUUAAUUACAUUGGUAAUGCUGUUGAGGAGGGUCUUACAAUUGUGGAGAACCGGACUGCAGGCAUCAUUCAAGAAACCCGCAAACAUAUCAAGAAAAAGUCUAGUGGUUCUGUGGCACAAAAUGAGCAUGCUAAACAGCCACAAAUGCAGCAGCAAGUACGAACUCCGGUGCAAGCUGAUCAAGAAAUUCAAUUGAAGGCAUCUCGUGAUGUUGCAAUGGCUAUGGCUGCCAAGGCAAAGCUCCUUCUUCGAGAGUUAAAAACUGUUAGAGCUGAUUUGGCUUUUGCGAAGGAGAGAUGUGCUCAGCUUGAGGAAGAAAAUAGAGUCCUUCGUGAGAAUCGUGACAGAGGUGACAACCCAGAAAAUGAUGAGUUGAUACGUCUUCAACUGGAGACACUGUUGGCAGAGAAGGCACGACUAGCUCAUGAGAACUCCAUCUAUGCACGUGAAAAUCGCUUCCUGAGGGAGGUUGUUGAAUACCACCAACUCACUAUGCAAGAUGUUGUAUAUUUAGAUGAUCGCACUGAAGAGGUCACGGAAGUUUAUCCUAUCAAGGUACCUUCAUUACCCAAUAUCAACUCCAUGCCUGCUACAUCGGGAGCAUUACAAUCUGAGGCAUUUCUUGACACAAGUCUGAAAAUAACUCCGAAUAUCACUGUCUGUCCUGUGCCACCCCCAGAGUUGGCAGAGGGUUACCGAAGUUCAUCCUGACCAAGGUCUCAGAGCUCAACUUUAGACAGAUGAGGAUGUGAGAUACAUAUGGCGAAACUUUCUAUAUGGCCUCACUUCGCAUUUGAUAUAUACGUUUUUUGUAUGAAGGAAUUGAGAUGUUGCAGUAGUCUUUGAUUCACCGUUUUUUCAAUUGUUUAACACUUUACUACGAUCUUUCCCCAUCUUGAUUGAUAUAUAGGGGGUUACCAUUGUGUAUUUUAAGCCCUUUGAGACUUGAUGAGUUGAUGGUCUAUUUCUGAAAGAAAAAAUGUGGGUUUAUGCAGUAACAGAAACAAAAUUAAGAUGCUAUUAUGCUGAACAACAA